CUCGUUCUCACCACACGCCUCUGCACCGGAAUCAAUCCUUCCGAGGUAAGAUUUCGUUUAUCAUCUGUCUAAUGAAUUCUUAAAUUUAGGAAAUCCUAAUUAGCACAGAAUAAUGUUUCUUUCGUUUGAUUGGUAGGACGUAGAAUUAGGGUUUCUGAUUUGUUUAUAUGUUUGUCGGAUGAUUAGUUCGGGUUUCUGAUUUGUUUUUAUGUUUGGUGGAUGAUUUUGUUGCCAGGUAGAGUGCAAUGGCCGAUCAGAGGUUGACGCGUAUUGCUAUAGUGAGUUCUGAUAAGUGUAAGCCGAAGAAAUGCAGGCAAGAAUGUAAGAAGAGCUGUCCGGUUGUUAAAACUGGAAAGCUUUGUAUUGAGGUGACUACUGCAUCUAAGAUAGCUUUUAUCUCAGAAGAGCUUUGUAUUGGAUGUGGUAUUUGCGUGAAGAAAUGCCCAUUUGAGGCCAUUCAAAUUAUCAAUUUACCAAAAGAUCUGGACAAGGAUACGACCCACCGUUAUGGUCCAAACACGUUUAAAUUGCAUAGAUUACCAGUUCCAAGACCUGGGCAGGUUCUUGGCCUGGUUGGUACAAAUGGUAUUGGGAAAUCAACAGCCCUUAAAGUGUUAGCUGGAAAAUUGAAACCUAACUUGGGCCGCUUUAACAAUCCUCCUGAUUGGCAGGAGAUCUUGACUUACUUUCGUGGAUCAGAACUCCAGAACUAUUUUACCCGUAUCUUGGAAGACAACUUAAAGGCGCUCAUCAAGCCUCAGUAUGUUGACCACAUACCAAAAGCAGUGCAAGGCAAUGUUGGCCAAGUGCUUGAUCAAAAAGAUGAAAGGGACAUGAAAGAAGAACUCUGUGUAGACCUUGAGCUGAAUCAGGUCUUGGACCGUAAUGUGGGGGAUUUAUCUGGUGGAGAGCUUCAAAGGUUUGCCAUUGCCGUUGUUGCAGUGCAGAGUGCAGAAAUAUACAUGUUUGAUGAACCCUCGAGUUAUUUGGACGUUAAACAGAGACUUAAAGCUGCCCAAGUUGUUCGAUCUUUGCUUCGACCCAAUAGCUAUGUAAUUGUUGUGGAGCAUGAUCUCAGUGUCUUGGAUUAUCUGUCCGACUUCAUCUGCUGUCUGUAUGGGAAGCCUGGUGCAUAUGGUGUUGUAACUCUUCCAUUCUCUGUUCGAGAAGGAAUCAACAUAUUCCUGGCUGGAUUUGUUCCAACUGAAAAUCUACGGUUCAGGGAUGAAUCACUUACUUUUAGGGUGGCUGAGACUCCACAGGAAAGUGCUGAGGAAAUUGAAACCUAUGCUCGUUAUAAGUACCCAACCAUGACCAAAACCCAGGGAAAUUUCAAGCUUAAGGUUAUUGAGGGUGAAUUUACCGACUCCCAGAUCAUUGUCAUGCUUGGUGAAAAUGGUACUGGCAAAACAACAUUUAUCCGCAUGCUGGCUGGUUUACUGAAACCUGAUGAAGUGGAGGGUGAUGAAAAGGAGAUCCCGGAAUUUAAUGUGUCUUACAAGCCACAGAAGAUAAGCCCCAAAUUUCAGUAUUCUGUGAGGACCUUACUGCAUCAAAAGAUACGGGAUUCAUACACUCAUCCGCAGUUUGUAUCAGAUGUAAUGAAGCCUCUUCAGAUUGAGCAAUUAAUGGAUCAAGAGGUUGUGAACCUUUCUGGUGGAGAAUUACAAAGAGUUGCCUUGGCUCUGUGCCUUGGGAAGCCUGCUGAUAUCUACCUGAUUGACGAACCAAGUGCAUAUCUCGACUCUGAGCAGCGUAUCGUUGCUUCUAAAGUCAUAAAGAGAUUUAUAUUGCAUGCAAAGAAGACAGCGUUCGUUGUUGAGCAUGAUUUUAUAAUGGCAACCUACUUGGCUGAUCGUGUUGUUGUAUAUGAAGGAAGGCCAUCCGUAGAUUGUAUUGCCAAUGCACCUCAGUCAUUGUUGACUGGAAUGAACCUGUUCUUAUCACAUCUUGACAUUACAUUUAGACGGGAUCCAACUAAUUAUCGUCCAAGAAUCAACAAGCUUGAUUCAACCAAGGACAGAGAGCAGAAGGCUGCAGGAUCAUAUUACUACCUGGAUGAUUAA